AUGGGUUCCCCGUUUUGGUGGCUGACAGCUAUUCACAUACUGACAUUUCAAUGCAGAUCAUGCCUGAUUACAGGUCAAUUUAUUAGCUCUCCUCCUAAUAGUUCCAUCAUUGGAGUCAUUGGAAAAGGGGUUGUUCUGCCCUGCCACGUGGUAGCGGAUAAUAUUCCUGAGGUAUUCUCUGUCCAGUGGAUAUUUCAUAAACAGUCUCAAAAAAUAACUGUGAGCAGAUAUGAUGGAAAGAAUAAAAAGGAGAAACAAGAUGAGACAUAUCAAGGCAGAACAGAAUUCUUCCACAGUGAAUUUAGAGCUGGCAACAUGUCGCUGCAUUUGAAGAAUGUCAGGAGCUCUGACAAAGGAUCGUACACUUGUGUGGUCUCUUUCAAUGACACGCACCAUGAUGCGUUGAUUGAACUGCAAGUGGCAGCUAAAGGUGGUGUGCCUUCCAUUUUCCUGAGGAGUCACAUCAAGCAGGGCAUUGGCCUCACCUGCCAUGCAAGUGGAUGGUUUCCUAAACCUGAGGUGAUUUGGCUGGAUGGCCAAGGACAAGUCCGGAAGGAGCUAUCGACCACAAAGAUGACAAUGAUGCCUGCAGGCCUCUACAGUGUCGUAACUUCCAUGAACCUAAAACCGGGCUCUGACAUGGAAGUCUCCUGCAGGAUAGUCAACAAUCUGCUAAAUACAACGAGGGAGUCGCGAGUCCUGAUCUCAGAUAUUUUCUUUCCCUCCAUUUCAAAAUGGCUGAUUAUCUUCCUGGUAAUUUUAUGUCUUAGCAUGGUCCUAAUUUCCACUGUAUUUUCUAAGCUGAGAAGUAAUCACAAUAAAACAGUUAUCUCAGUAAAAGUGAAGAUGGAAAUGGAGGAAGAAAAAAACCAACUGAAGUCAGUGUUAGGUCGACUGAAAGCAGAGCUGGAUUUCUGGGAAGCCCGGAGCCACGCAGUUCCCAUUACUGUGAAUCCUGACUGCCACGUCCUGGAGCUGGAGGUGCCAGGGGCUCCAGGUGUGGAGAGCAACGCGUCUGAACCUGCUGGCCCGAACGCUCCCUCCACAGUCCCUGUCCUGGUGGGGAAGGAAGGGUUUGCAGCUGGGAAACACUACUGGGAGGUGGAGGUGGGCCGGCAGCAGGACUGGGUGCUGGGGGUGGUGAGGGAGAAAGGGAGGCAGGAGGAGGAAAGGACCCUUCCUGGGAAGCACUACUGGGCUCUGCACAGCUCCCAGGGAGAGAUUUUCUCUAGCGAAGGAGACCGCAGGAUUGAGAAGCAGCAGAUGAGUUCUUCAGUGAUUGGUGUGCUUCUGGACUUGGAGGAAGGGCAAGUGAACUUUUAUGAAGCAGAGCAGAUGGGUGUCAUGGUGAGAAUGCCUCUAAGGCUUGGAAAGGAACCUGCAGAAAUGUUUUACCCAUUUCUAUCCAAAAGGGAAGGGACACUCAGACCUCUUAUCCGCCCGGUCUUGAUUCCUCUUCCAUUAAAGCUUCUUUAA